CGGACCCGCCCGGCCAGCUGCCUCUCUUCGGCCCAGAGCUUGGGUCUCCUGCCCUCACCUGCUCUCCCGGGGGCAGCUGCCGCCUGCUCGUCUGGCCAUGCGGGGGCUGUGGCUCCUGGCCGUCUCUCUUGCUGCGGUGUUGGCUGCGGGGCUGAGCAGGGGCUCUGGGGGUGGCCCCCUGCACUCGGGCAGGCACAAAGCUGAGGCCCAGGAGCAGCAGAGCCGAUUCAAGAGAGGCACCGAAGACGAGGAGACCAAGGGGGUGCAGCAGUACGUGCCUGAAGAGUGGGCCGAGUACCCCCGGCCCAUCCACCCUGCUGCCCUGCAGCCCACUGAGACCCUGCCGGCCACCAGCCCCAAGCCAGGCAAGGACAGGGGCACCCCAGGCAGCGGGCAGGAGCCACGGGGCAACCUGACAGGGACAGCGGGCCAGAGGCUGCGGAUUCGGAACCCCCUGUACCCAGUGACUGAGAGCUCCUACAGUGCCUACGCCAUCAUGCUCCUGGCCCUGGUGGUGUUCGCCGUGGGCAUCGUGGGCAACCUGUCGGUCAUGUGCAUCGUGUGGCACAGCUAUUACCUGAAGAGUGCCUGGAACUCCAUCCUUGCCAGCCUGGCCCUCUGGGAUUUCCUGGUCCUCUUUUUCUGCCUCCCUGUUGUUAUCUUCAAUGAGAUCACCAAGCAGAGGCUGCUGGGCGACAUCUCUUGCCGAGCUGUGCCUUUUAUGGAGGUCUCGUCCCUGGGGGUCACAACCUUCAGCCUCUGUGCUCUGGGCAUUGACCGUUUCCAUGUGGCUACCAGCACCUUGCCCAAGGUGAGGCCCAUCGAGCGGUGCCAGUCAAUCCUGGCCAAGCUGGCGGUCAUCUGGGUGGGCUCCAUGACGCUGGCAGUGCCCGAGCUCCUGCUGUGGCAGCUGGUGCAGGAGCCUGCCCCCACCUCAGGCACGGUGGACUCCUGCAUCAUGAAGCCCUCGGCCAGCCUGCCUGAGUCCCUCUACUCCCUGGUGAUGACCUACCAGAACGCCCGCAUGUGGUGGUACUUCGGCUGCUACUUCUGUCUGCCCAUCCUCUUCACUGUCACCUGCCAGUUGGUGACGUGGCGGGUGCGGGGCCCCCCAGGGAGGAAGCCGGAGUGCCGGGCGGGCAAGCAUGAGCAGUGUGAGAGCCAGCUCAGCAGCACCGUGGUGGGCCUGACGGUGGUCUACGCCUUCUGCACACUCCCCGAGAACGUCUGCAACAUCGUGGUGGCCUACCUCUCCACUGAGCUGACGCGCCAGACCCUGGACCUGCUGGGCCUCAUCAACCAGUUCUCCACCUUCUUCAAGGGCGCCAUCACCCCCGUGCUCCUUCUGUGCAUCUGCAGGCCGCUGGGCCAGGCCUUCCUGGACUGCUGCUGCUGCUGCUGCUGUGAGGAGUGUGGCCGUGCCUCGGAGGCCGCCGCCGACAGCUCGGACAACAAGCUCAAGACCGAGGUGUCCUCCUCCAUCUACUUUCACAAGCCCAGGGAGUCUCCCCCGCUCCUGCCCCUGGGCACGCCUUGCUGAGCCCGCCCGAGCAGGGUGGGGGCUGCCCCCGUGCGGGCACCUGUUCUUUCCUCCCCAUAGGUCUUGCUUCACUGCCCAUCUUACUGUCUAGGGAUGGACUCGUUGAGGUUCCUCUUGUCGAGGUUUGGGGGCCAAAGCCCCCUCCCUGAGCAGGGCCUUUCCUGCCACCGUGGGCUUCCAGCCGUGACUGGCACUGGCGGGCGGUGUGCUGCCAGGUCUAGGACUGCCCGGAAGCUCGCAGUCCACAGCUGGGAGCCCGAGCUCCGCCCACCCUGUGGCUGCAGCCCUUCUGCCCUCUCUGCCUCGGAGUCUGACCUCACGUUAGUUGUGCCCAUUUCAAGUGUCACCCCUACCUCCCACCCCAGAGCCCCAUCCUGGAAUUGGGGCCUGGGGGGCCCACCCGUUCUGCCCAGUACCCUCUUCUCUGGCCCAGAUCUGCCCCAGCCCUGGAUGCCCCCUCCCACUGGCACCUUCUCUUCUGAUUUCUUUCUCCCCUCCUCCUUUGAUGGACCCCGAGUGGCCCGGUCCCAGUCCCCUGUUAGGUGCUUUCCUAUAGAAGGCCCUUCUGGAAAAACAAUAAACUAGGUAGAGC